GGCACAUUACUCUUCCAGUUUCCAAAACGGCCGCUCGUAUCUAGAAGCAUUGUUUGCCUUUUUUAAAGAUGGCGCUCGGUGUGUCCAGGCUCCGCCUUCAGGACUAUGACGAAGGACGUUUUGUGUGACGCCUGCGACGCUUGAAGAGCCCGACAAGAAGAAGCAGUAACGGAGGGCUGAGGAAGAGACAUACGGAUCAUGAACCUGAAGCGGAGCCGGGACCGGCUGUACAGCACUCGGUGCUGCGGCUGCUGCCAUGUCCGAACAGGAACCAUCAUCCUGGGCACCAAAUACAUGGUGGUGAACCUGCUUAUGGGAAUACUUCUGACUGUGAAAGUCACUCACCCCGACACUGUGCCAACAGUCGACAUUCAGUAUGAAGUUAUUGGAAAUUAUUAUGCUUCAGAGAAAGUGGCAGAGAAUGCCUGCGUCCUGUUUGCCAUCUCCCUGCUGAUGGUUACAAUGAGUGCAAUGAUGGUCUAUGGAGCAAUCACUCACCGUGGAGGAUGGCUGAUUCCAUUCUUCUGCUACCAGCUGUUUGACUUUGCCCUCACGUGUCUACUUGCCAUCAGCUCCCUUACAUACCUGCCAGGAAUUAAGGACUAUUUAGAACAAUUGCCGGAGUUCCCGUAUAAGGAUGACAUGCUAGCAAUGGACUCCAGCUGCCUCCUGUUCAUUGUCCUGGUUCUUGGUGCUUUAAUAAUUAUUCUAAAGGCCUAUCUGAUCAACUGUGUGUGGAACUGCUACAAGUACAUCAAUAACAGGAACAUGCCAGAGAUUGCAGUGUAUCCUGCCUUCGAGACCCCUCCACAGUAUAUCCUACCAACAUACGAGAUGGCCAUAAAGAUGCCAGAGAAGGAGAAGGACCCUCCCCCGCCUUACGUCCCAGCGCAAAAGGACGUAUAACUCAAUCCCCGCCCCCCCCCCCCUCCUCCCACGCUUCACCUAGUGUUAAUAUUGCCCCUGCUCCUCCUGCAGUAAAACUCCCAUCCUGAAAAGACGACCUUAUUUUUUAUGUAACCCGACGCUUUACAUUGCCUUAACCCUUAACAUGAAGAGGACUUACGUUUUUAAGACAAUCUUACUGAUUUAAUGUUUACGAGGGAUGUAGUUUUGGGGGACGAUAAUGAUUUAUUGGUACUUUUUUUAUUUUAUUAUUAUUAUAUUUCGUUGUUUGUUGUUGCUCCUUGUAUGUCUUUUUCCAUGCCUUAACCCUUUUACUCCUGGAGAACCUCAUGACUUAUUGUUGACAAUGCUUUGGUAAUCCAGUAAACAGUGAAAGAUUGAAUAACAAAUAUUUUUCUUCAAUAAAAUAAAAAAUAAAAAAA